AUGACGGGUACCUUCUCCCCCGCUCUUCGACAAGACAUGCUAGUAAUUGUGCGCGACUUUCAAUCAACUAACAGGACUGCCAACAGAAAGUUGUCAGCAAAAUCCUCACACGUACACUCCAACUCGGAAUCGGACAAUACCCUCUCCCAGCACCGAAUCUCCGAAUAUGUGAAGUCCUCCAGCCAUAGCAACAUGUAUCACAUCCACAACAACGGCACCAAUGCGAAUGCUCGCGAGGUCUAUCAUCAGAGCAGAACGGCUCAGACUUUGGCCGACUUCGUUGAGCACUUCGAGCAGCAGCCAUAG